AUGGAACAUCCCAAUUCGUACAUUCACUCCAACAUCGUCGGAUUGGUGACCUUACUCGAGAUCUGCAAAUCGGCAGAAACCCAGUCCACCGUCGUCGAGCUCCGUCUACGGGCUCAACGAGAAAUCUCCCUUUUCCGAAUCGGACGGAACCGACUAGCCGGCGAGCCUCUACGCCGCUACAAAAAAAGCCGGAGAAGAAAUCACCCACACCUACAACCACAUCAACGGAUUAUCCAUCACCAGGCUGAGAUUCUUCACGGCUUACGGACCUUUGGGCUCGCUGGAUACCGACGAGAAGAGUACCGGUUCGGGCGGGACAAAUCUUUUCUUUUUCACAGAUCUCCUCGACAUGUCUCUUUCCGCAAACCUUCGACGACGGCGAAGGCGGCGACGGAGGCGCUGGGCUAUUCUGUCCUUCUCUACAACAACGUUGGCGGUCGGAGCGAUGGAGGAAGAGAGGAGAGGAGACGAGACGAGACGAAGAAGGUGAAGAAUGAGGUUAUGGCAGGGGGUCUGUUGGGGAUAUUCCCCAAAUUGAAAUUUUUUCAUUCAAAAUGA